AUGGUCCCCCCACCGGACCAGGGGACGGGCUGGGGGCCCCCCGCCUCGCUGGCCCUGCUCUGCCUGGCCCUGGUCCUGCUCCUCAUCAAGGGCACCCAGCUUUUCCUCCUGAAGCAGAAGCUGCUCAAGACCUUCGCCCAGUUCCCCGGCCCCCCGGCCCACUGGUUGCUCGGACACAACCUGGAGUUCCAGCCGAGCCAAGAAUUAGACAAGACUUCCUCGCUGUCAGAGAAAUAUCCUUACGCCUUCCCACGCUGGCUGGGUGGGUUCAUAGUACUCUGUCAGAUCUAUCACCCCGAUUACAUGAAGGCUGUGCUGAGCCGUGGAGAUCCCAAAAGCCAUCUGGGGUAUCAGUUUCUCUCCCUGUGGAUUGGCAAUGGGCUCCUGGUGUCCAACGGGCCCCAGUGGUUCCAGCACCGGAAGCUGCUGACUCCCGGUUUUCACCUCAACAUCCUGAAACCCUACGUCCAGCUGAUGGCCGACUCCGCCACGGUGAUGCUGGACAAAUGGGAGAAGCUGGCGGCCCAGGGGGAGACCGUGGAGUUGUUCCAGCACAUCAGCCUCAUGGCUCUGGACACCAUCUUGAAGUGUGCCUUCAGUCACCACAGCAACUGCCAGCUGGACCGCGACUCCAACUCCUACACGCAGGCGGUGUCGGACCUGACUUCCCUAAUCACUCAUCGAGUCCUCCAUUUCCAGUACCACAACAACUUCGUGUAUUGGCUCACCCCCAGCGGCCGGCGCUUCCGGAAGGCCUGCGAGAAAGCGCACCGUCACACAGAUCAGGUGAUCCAGAACCGGAAGGAGUUGCUGAAGGAUGAGCAGGAGCUGGAGAAGAUCCUGAAGAAAAGACACCUGGAUUUUCUGGACAUCCUGAUCUGUGCCAAGGUGGAGGAGGGCGAGGGGCUGUCGGACGCAGACCUGCGGGCCGAGGUGGACACGUUCAUGUUUGAAGGCCACGACACCACAGCCAGCGGCAUCUCCUGGGCGCUCUACUGCUUGGCCCUGCAUCCCGAACAUCAGCAGCGCUGUCGCGAGGAGAUCCAGGAGGUCCUGGGGGGCCGGGACACCGUCCAGUGGGGGGAUCUGGCCCAGCUGACCUAUACCACCAUGUGCAUCAAAGAGUCUCUGCGCCUCUACCCGCCGGUGCCCGUGGUCUCCCGCCAGCUCAGCACACCCAUCACCUUCUUCGACGGACGCUCGCUGCCAGCAGACCAGAUGGUUUCCCUGCACUUGUACGCUCUCCACCGCAACCCCAGCGUGUGGCCCAGCCCGGAGCUCUUCGACCCCAUGAGGUUCUCCCCGGAGAUGACGACCAGCAGACACCCCUAUGCCUUUCUGCCCUUCCUAGCCGGAUCCAGGAAUUGCAUCGGACAGCACUUCGCCAUGAACGAGUUGAAGGUGGUCGUGGCCCAGUCCCUGCUCCGCUUCGAGUUCUCACCGGACCCCACCCAGAUCCCGGUGCCCAUCCCCCAGCUCGUCCUCAAAUCCAAGAAUGGCAUCCACCUGAACCUAAGGAAGCUGCCUGUGUCCUAAAGGCUGAAGGAAUCUUCCCCAGUCCGAUGUGAAUACAGCAAGCAGGCCACUGCUGGCCCUGCUUUUUCGUUCCCUGUU